CAACGCGCUUAGUGGGGAGACCAAUAGUAUCGUGGUGUUACAUGCUGGCAACUUACCGUACAAAAACGUGUUACGUAGGAAGGCGAGAGUGCUAAAAAUCGUUAAAACCUGCGUUAUGUAAUUUAGCGCGAUGAGCUCCUGGACCCGCCCGGUGGACGUUUCGCAUCCUCGCGUGUGGCAUACUUUCGAGGCACGUGACCCGAACGGUAACCGUUUGGUGCGGUACCGCGUUCAGGACCUACCGGACGAUCGAGUCGAUGAGGCGAUCGAGCACAUGAAAACAUUUUUUCUUCGCGAUGAACCGAUGUGCAGCAGCGUCGGAUUGGACAAGGACCCGGUGGCCCUGGAGGAGUUCAGCCAAAUGUGGCAAACCAUCGCCAAGCAGCGGGUUGCUAUCGUUUGUUUCCGCGAGGGUUCGGAUGAGAUCGUCGGAUUGAACAUGCUGACCGUAGUUUCCCGCAGUGAAUCCUCCAAGCAGUUGAAAUUCGAAAGUGUUGGCCUGCAGACGGUUUACGACUCGUACGUGGGAAUGUUGAAGCAAGCUGAUUUGUUCGAAAAGUACGGAGUGGAGCACUAUCUGUCCGCUUGGGGCCUUUCUGUUGCGCCGAAAUAUCGCGGACGGGGAAUAGCCACGGAACUGCUGCGUGCGAGGAUUCCAAUCUGCCGAGCGCUAGGAUUCCGGCUAACGGUCACGUUGUUUUCAACUCCCGGGUCUCAGAUACCGGCUGCCAAGGUUGGAUUUUACGACGAAAUUGUUGUUACCUACAAGCAGCUGGCCGAACAGGGUUACGAUUUUCCCGGGGUGACGUACGAGUUUAACAAGCUGAUGUCGAUGACGGUUGACUAGUUUAUGCUUGACUGUUGAUCUCAACGAUAAAAUAUGCGUCCUUUGAAGAAUACGUCCUGAAAU